AGAAUAGGAUGAAUAGUUCUUCUCCCCUGCGCGAUGGCGAUGGCUUCCUCGUGAUGCGGCGCUCGGUCUCACGCCACACAUGACAAGUCACAUGCGCAUGCAAACCAACCACAUCACCUCCCUCUCCUCUCCACGAGAGGGAUGAGAUGAGAACAUGAUCAUUCCAUGACCCCCUCCUCCGCCACCGCUCGCCGCCGGACCUCCCAGAGGAGGCGUCCCUGCAAUGCCGCCUCUGCCUCCGCCAGGGCCCUCGCCGCCGGCCUCUGGAGGCUGCGCCACGCCGAGCGGAUGAUGGCGGCCGGGGCCUCGCCGCCGCCCGCCGCCCAAACGAAACCGGUAUGCAUCCAGGAUUCGAGAUCUGAUAAAUGGGAAGAAGAAAAAAAGAUUGCUGCAGAUGACUGACUCCAUUUCAAGAAGAGCACUCUGUAUCCAUGAUAAUUGAUAACCCAACAUGUAUACAUAAUGGGACGAACGGAGAUGACAUCUUUAUGUGGAUCGAUCUGUUUCUGUAGAUGAAGACUGAUCUAUUUUGUCUGUCCCGCAGCAAAAGCUCAUGGGACGGAGCCGGACGAGGCCAAGCCACCACCUCUGCCGUUGCCGAUGUACUAGCAGCAGCACUAGGAAUGGCAUCCUAGACAAGAUCGACGCGUGCUUGGACGGCUCCUCGUCCAUGGAGAAGGCCACCAAAUGGGAUGCCAACCACUCGCAUCUGAGGGGAAGAAGAGCACGGGGACUCCGAUUGGACAACAUCUUCUUCGCCUCGACAUCAGCAAUGUCUUCCCCUCUGCUGCUGCUCAUGGAGGCGGAGCUGGAGAAGGCGCGAGGCGAAGCCAGGGAGCUGGAGGAGGAGCGGCGCCUUAUGACCAAGCGCCUGGACCGCUUCCUGCGGAGGCUGGCCGAGGAGAAGGCGGCGUGGAAGUCCCGGGUCCGGGACAAGGCCCGCCACGCCGUGGCCGCCCUCCAGGACGAGCUAGGCGCAGAGCGGAGGCACCGGAGGCAGCUGGAGCAGGCCAACGCCAGGCUUCUGCGCGACCUGGCGGAGGCGCGGGCGGCGGCCAAGCAGCAGGCGCAGAGCUACGAGAUGGAGCGCAAGGCGCGGGAGCUGAUGGAGGACGCCUGCUCCGAGCUCACGCGGGAGGUGGAGGAGGACCAGGCCGAGGUGGAGCUGCUCCGCGGGGAGUGCCUGCGCAUGCGGGAGGAGAUGGAGGAGGAGCGCCGCAUGCUGCAGAUGGCCGAGGUGUGGCGGGAGGAGCGCGUGCAGAUGAAGCUGUCCGACGCCAAGCUCGCGCUCGAGAACAAGUACACGCACCUCAACCGCUUGCAGGCGGAGAUGGAGGCCUUCCUCCGCAACAAGGGCGACGAGUCAGCCUCCCACUCCGCCGUGCUGCGGGAGGCGCGCCUCAUAAGCGACGCCGCUGCAGCCACAAGCUCGGACCACUUCCGCCGCAAGGAAAGCGAAAGGCAACAUGCUGCCGCUGCGGAAAGGGAAAGGGACGGCGACGGGCGCAGGAACAGCAGGCCCGCGAGCCCCGCGUCGUCCAAAUCCAGCGACAUGCUGCAGUCCGUCAGCCCCGCGACCGACCUCUUCUUGGCCAAGGCCGACGGCGGCGACGGCGACGACGACGACGACGACGACAUGUUCGCCGACGGUGGCAGCUCGGCCGACCUGGAAAUGGCUUCCUGCAGCUGGGUCGGCACCAGCGACCGCUCAGCUUCGGUGGCCAACGGCAACGGCGGGGUGACGACGGAGGCUCGUUCGUCAGGCGCGAGCCGGCGUUCAACCAAGAACACCGCGCUCAUACGCAGGCUCUGGAGGUCCGCCAUCACCGAGAGCAGGAAGAAGACCGGGAGGACAGCUGCCGACUGGUCGCCGUCUUAUUCGGACAGGAGGAUGUCGAGCGUGACCGCGGAAGGGCCGCCGCCGCCGCUUCCUCCUCCAGCCGUCGCAGGCGAGCAGUGCAGCUCGUCAGGCGGCUCUGGAUUGCCACAGCGGGUAGGGGGAGGGGGAGGCAGGCUGAAGCAGAGCCUCAAGGAGAAGCUGAUGGAGGCGAGGAUGGACGAUCAGAAGCCCCUCCCCUCCGUGUGCAAAAACCUUGAUGACGAGCAACACUACCAAAAUUCAUCAGAUCACAAAUUCUGAAUAUAUGGUAUUGAUAGAUUAAUAGGCAUAUAUAAAUACCACCAUAACAUCCAUGUACUACUCCCUGUAUUAUAUUAUAUUAUAUUGUAUUAUAUUGCACUCCUACAUAACAUACUA